UAGAAGCAGCUCAUGCAGCUCAAUAUUUAAAAAACAAACAACCCAAUCCAAAAAUGGGCAGAAGACCUAAAUAGACAUUUCUCCAAAGAAGACAUACAGAUGGCCAAGAAGCACAUGAAAGGAUGCUCAGCAUCACUAAUCAUUAGAGAAAUGCAAAUCAAAACUUCAGUGAGGCCUCCCUGGCGUGCUCCCCUUGGAGGAGAGCAGGGGCGGCGUAGGAGGCUCAAGAAGAGCGUGAGCCUGAGGAGGAAGGAGCUCAGCCAGUGCGCAGGCCCAAAACCAUCCGCGCCGCAGCUGCCUGCGACGCCUCUGAGCGGAAAAGGGAAGUGAAGGCGCCAGUCUGUGGGUUCCAUCUGGGCUGGGCUUGCUAAGGUAGAGGCAGCACUGAGAGGAGGCCUUGGCCACCGAUCCGGAUCAGGAUGUCGAAGAACACGGUGUCGUCGGUCCGGUUCCGGAAGGUGGACAUGGAUGAGUAUGAUGAGAACAAGUUCGUGGACGAGGAAGACGGGGGCGACGGGCAGGCCGGGCCCGACGAGGGCGAGGUGGACUCCUGCCUGCGGCAAGGAAACAUGACAGCCGCCCUACAGGCAGCUCAAAACCCCCCCAUCAAUACCAAGAGCCAGGCAGUGAAGAAUCGAGAAGGCAGCAUUGUCUUGAAAGUGCUCAUCUCUUUUAAAGCUAAUGAUAUUGAAAAGGCAGUUCAAUCCCUGGACAAGAAUGGUGUGGACCUCCUAAUGAAGUAUAUUUAUAAAGGCUUUGAGAGCCCCUCUGACAAUAGCAGUGCUAUGUUACUGCAGUGGCAUGAAAAGGCACUUGCUGCUGGAGGAGUGGGGUCCAUUGUUCGAGUCUUGGCUGCAAGGAAAACCGUGUAGUCCGGCGGGAAUGGAUAUCUCUCAUGGGGUGGGAGUUGCUGGUACAAAGACCAAAACAACCAAAUGCCACCGCUGCCCUUUGGGUAGCAUCUG